AUGGGUUUCUCUCUAAACCCCAACGCCGACCCAUUUCUGUAUACGACGCCGUUCGUAUCACCGCCGAAGCUACACUUUAUCCCUAUCUACAAAACUCCGCCCAAGCUCAUUUUGGCCCCACCGCUGCAUGCUUACGUGGAGGUGGACCCUUACCUGCACCAUUAUUCCAUGUACUCGGACUCUGAGUUAUUCUACGACGUGGUUCCGCAGGUUCCUUCGUCCUGGCCUUGUUCCGAUGGUUUUUGCGGCGGCGGCGGCGGCGUUGUCUCCCAUUCUCAGGGUGAAGGCUAUGUGGCGAAGAAUAAUAAGGGGGAGCGAAAGUAUUAUUGUAAGGUUAAAGAAUGGGUUCCUCAACUUCAUUUUCGUGUUCCUCCUGAAUCUGAUAAUGAUACUAAUUUUCAACUCUUGCCCUUCCAAACCACCACUCUCAUGAUUAAAAAUAUUCCCAAUCAAUUAAGGCGAAAUGAUCUAAUGAAUAUUCUGGACGAACAUUGCAAGUUGAAGAAUGCAAGUUUUGAAAAGAAUAACGACAAUAGAUUGGACGGCCGGCGCAGGUCGGAGUACGACUUUGUUUACUUGCCAAUGGACUUCCGGAAAAUUUCAAAUCUUGGAUAUGCUUUUGUAAACUUCACAAACCCUACAGCAGCUUCCGAGUUUUAUAAAGCUUUUCAUCGCCGUCAAUGGAAUGUUGCAGUCAACAAAAAAGUCUGCGAAAUUAAGCGCGCCAAACUUCAGGGCUUGAAGGCUCUCAUGGAUGCUUUCAGAAACAAAAUCUUUUGGUGCCAUGCCAAUAAUUAUCUUCCAGUUAUGUUGGAGCCCCCGAGCGAUGGUUAUCGGAGAUACCGAGCCACGCCUGUCGGUAAGCGCAUCAGUCAACCGCCCCCUAGUCCGAUUAAGAAAUGUGGUUGA